GGAGGGACCAUGCGGCUUCUCCCCCCCCACCUGCCCCUCUGGUGGGAAGGAGCGAGGUGUCCCCGCCGGCUCCCUAUCAGCAGGGAAAGUAAGCAGGGAAAAGGGGAAGGCCAUGCCUCGGGACGCGGUGAUAACCCAGGGGAUGCGGCAGAGUGCGAGCCGGCAGCCGGGCACAGCCCGUCACAGCGCUGCUGGCCAUGGAGGGGCCGCACGGCAGCCGCCUCCUCCUGCUCCUCUGCCUGCUCCCGGCACCGGCCGUGCCAGGCCCACCGCCGCCUCGGGAGCCGCCGGCCAGCACGGCGGACCCCGCGGCGCAGCUGCUGCGGGGCCAGCCCUGGCUGCCGGCGCGGCCCUACGGCCUGUCGCUGUCCCCCGAGGAUUACCGCUACGCGCCCCAGCCCCGGCACCUGCGCCCCGGGCGGCUGCGCCGGCUGCUGGGCCCGGCCUUCGACCCCUUCUGGAUGGCGACCGAGGAGCCCCGCGGCCGCAACGGGAGCACCCUCGAGGAGAACCUGGAGUCCGUGAGCAGGGAGCUGGCCGAGGGCGCCGGGCGGUAUCGCCGCAAGCUGUGGCGAGAGGCGGAGGGGCUGGAGCUGCCCGCCCUGCUGCCCCCCGGGCCCGAGCUGCCCCCAGAGCUGGCGGCGGCUGCGGCCCGCCGCCUGCGGCAGUGGCUGGUGGAACGGGCCGCCUGCCGCCUCACCUCCGCCUGGGUGGACCUGGGGCCCGUCUUCUGGCCGCGCUGGGUGCGCCACACCACGUGCGAGAGCGGGCCCGCCGGCUGCUCCUGGCCCCCCGGCAUGGCCUGCCGGCCCGCGCAGCUCAGCCGCAUCCAGCUGCUGGCCUGGCACUGCUGGGGCCCGCAGCAGCCCGGGCCCCCGAGCUGCACCUGGCGCCACAUCCCCUACCCCGUCGUGGCCGCCUGCAAGUGCUCCUGCCGCUGAGGGGGGCUCGGAGGUACCCCCCGGCGCCUGGUCCUGCAGCCAAAAGGCCUGAAGAGGCAAACAUCGGCCUGGACCCACCCUCGGAGCGGGGGGAAGUCCCCCGAAAAAGAAAUAAACCUCCAGGAAGGAAGUGGGGAUGGUCCUUGCUGUGUCUCGCCAAAACCCCUGGGUGGUGGCUGCUUUGCCCCUCAUCCACCAGCGGCAUCAGCACCAGCGGAGGCCCUUGUGCAGCAUCCAUCUCCAGCAAAGGAUGAGGGAUGGAGAAAUUAUGGCACUGAAUGGCAGGUUCAGACCCCCUCUGCACCAGCCCCAGACAGCUCAGUCCAAGCUGCGGCAUCCCUGCCUGCCUGGCUGGGCUGCAGUGAUGGAGCCAGGGCAAGGGAAUUCCAGCAAAAGGUUGCACAAGGAGCUUGAGAGCAAUCUCCCUGCCUUCCCCAUGCCAAAAUACUGCCUGUUGAAAAGGGUUUGCAGCACUGUGAGGGCCUGGUGCCACAGAAAGGGAACUCCAUACCACAGUUUAUCAGCAGGCUGAGCUCAAGGCCUGUGGGAAUGGAAAAUUAAACAAAUUCAGCACACAGUUAUACUACCAGCUGUUCUAAAAGGGUCUGGCUGCAGUGCAAUUGAACCUACAAGACACAUUUCUCCCCUGUCCUUUGCAUCCUUGUAAAGCCCUACAAUCCUGGAUGAACACCUGUAUUCUUCUGCAGUUGCUCUGGCUCGGAUCAGACAUUAUUGCCCUGUAGUUUGCUCCCUGACAGCCUAGUGACACAUAAGGAUUUCAGAGCAGGUCUUUGCUGAUACAACCCAUUGCUCCAGCAUUCAGGCACACUCCACUCCAGCUAGAAUCUCUCCCUGGCUGCAGCUACUCAUUCAGCACAUAGGCAGCUGGCAGGACACACAACUUCUGA